CAGCAGCUUCUCUAACACACAAACACACACAAAAGCACAAGUGUAGUUAUGAUGCGUGUCGCUUUCAUCCUCCUGCUCUUCCUCACAGAUGGGGCACUCUGUAAGAGAGUGUGCAGUUACCAGGACAUUGUGGACUACCUGAACCUGACUACAGAUAAUACUGUGUUUAAACUGACCCGGCCUGUUCUGGACUACACACACCCCACCACAGUAGAGCUGGACAUCCUGCUCUACGCCAUCCUGGCUGUGAUUGAGAAAACACAAACUUUCAUUCCUUUUGUCUGGGUAACAAUGAUGUGGAACAAUGAGCGCAUCUCGUGGGAUCCCGCUCAGUUUUGUGGAAUCACUCAGAUUUCAGUUCCUCGUGACAUGCUCUGGAAACCAGACCUCUUCAUCUAUGAGAUGAUACAGAAAGACGACUCACCUCAGAAUCCCUACAUGUACGUGUCCUACGAUGGGACGAUCACCUCUGAAGAGGACAUGAAGGUAGUCAGCACCUGCAAGAUGGACGUCCACAAGUUCCCCUUCGACACGCAGAAAUGCAACAUCUCCAUCGGCUCUGCCAUACACUGUGUUGAUGAAAUUCGCCUCAUCCCUUUCUCCAACUCGUCUCGGGCCACGCAAUUUUCCCGAGAGAUGAUGAAGACUCAAGGAGAGUGGGAGUUCCUCCAACUAUCUGUCGCCAGCUACAAUUUCACCUUUGACAACAAACCGUGGGAACAGCUCAUAUACACAUUCACCAUGAAGAGGAGACCCCUCCUCCAUGUCAUCAACUUCCUGUUGCCCAUCCUGUUCUUCCUGUGUCUGGACUUGGCCUCCUACUUCAUCUCCGACCAUCGAGGGGAGAAGCUGGGCUUCAAAGUCACCGUGCUGCUGGCCAUCUCCGUGCUGCUGCUCAUCCUAAACGACAUCCUGCCUUCCAUGUCCAACAAGACCCCACUCAUAGCGACCUACUGCAUUGUGAUUUUUGCUCUGAUGCUGCUCAGUCUGCUGGAAACAAUCUUGGUUACAUAUCUGAUGGAGAAAGACUCCCAGGAGAAGCUCAGGCUCAGGGAGGACUGGGAGGACAAACAGGAAAAAGACCAAGUUGAUAACUGUAACACAGAUGAGAAAAGACGGACUGGCUGUUCGUGCAUCUGCAAAGUGUCCGACGGUGAGAAACAACAUGAACUGCUGCCUGUCGCUGCAGAGGUUGACAACAUCGUGCAGUCAGGAGAGUCUCGUGUGUUACUGCUGAUCCUGGAGGAGCUGAGGGAGCUGCAGAAAACUGUGAAUCUGCACCUCAGCUGCAGAGACGAGGGAGGGAAGUCUUCCCACUGGGCCACAAGAAUCAACAGAGCUUUCUUCAUUUUCUACAUCAUCGUCGUCUCAACUUUUCUACUCCUCAUCUACAUGGAGUGGAAAAAUUAAAUUUAUACCUUCUGGAGUCCAAGUUCAUUUUUGUUUUUUUUGUUUUUUUUUAACUCUCCUUACUUCACAAGUAUGGUGUCUUUUUUCUUCAACACAACUACCAGGAACCCAUAUUACAAGAAAAAUGACACAAACGCCUAUAAAAAUGUACAAAUCUUUAGCAAUAGUCGCUCAAAAUAUUAUUACAGAACAGUUCAAGGUUGUUAAAGUAUUGUUUCACUAAACAAACACACAAAAACUGCAGGAAAAAAGUAAGAAAUAAAACGUAUUAUAGUCUAUUUACAUGUAAAGUGAUUUUAUCCCAUCUCGUUUUUGUGCCUUUUUCAUUGAAAGUAUACAGUGUGUAUGCCAUUGUAAAUCACUAAAAAUAUUAAUAGUUUAAAUUUCUCUCAAAAAUGUGUUAUGAUCUAGACAUAAAAUACUGUUUUUCAGAUUAGACUUUGUCUCUACAUGAUAUAUGCUCAUUGUAUUCACCAACGAAUAGACAAACAGAAGGUUAAUACCUUGUCAUACAUUGUUUUCUGUAUUGUAGACUGUCAUGUAUGCUUUGUUAAUGUAUUUGAGGGAGUCAGUAGCAUUGCUGCCUUAGUUCUCUCUCUGUCCAUGUUUACCACUUUGUCAACAAGACAUGAUGUAAAAAUCUGACUGUAAAAUGUUCAAGUGUCAUGUUGUACUUUUAAAAACUCUGUCUUUGUCUUUUUGUUCAUUCAUGUAGUUUAGGUGAGAUGAUUCGCAAUUCACAAACUUCUGAAAGUGGUGCUUCACAUGAUCCGAUCCUGUAGGCAUGUGUUAUUGCUGUGGUGAAAUUAUACUGUAAUUAAAAGAUUUCAUGCAUUUUUUGAAGAGUUCAGAACAGCUAUUACUGCUGAGGCCAGUUUAAUGCAUUGCUGAAGUUUUGCAUUGGUGCACGAGGAAAUCAGGUUGGCUUCUUAAAACAUACAUUUAUUGGAGAGCCUUUCCUGAAUUUACUUUUGAUUCUCUUUAAACUGUCUAUUUUUUUGUUUGUUGUGCCUUAUGUGAAGCACUUUGUAACUUGGGUUUUGAGAAGUGCUCUAUAAAAAAAUGUGGAAAUGUAGGAAAUGUGAAACAUUUUGAUUUUUGAUCCAGUAAAAAUCAGAGGUUGUUUAAAGAUUUAUCAAUAGUUGCACUGAUGUACGUAAAUGCCAAAAAAACUGUUGAUGUAAGAAAAUAAAGGUGCAGCUGUG